CGCACUAAAGUUUUUGCUUGCUUAUGUUCUAUAUAGGGAUCGCAGCGCUACAAUUUUUUGUGGAUUUACUCGGAGCAUCAAGUCAAAGAUCAGAUUAUCAUAUAAACCGGUGUUCUCUGCUGACAUCGUCAAGCUGAUCCCUCUGCGUUCGUGGGUGUCCUUUCGGGCCCCUUUCUCAGUCAAUCUGAUGUCGCCCAAUCGUGGGUGGCGCGGAAGACGGCAUUAUAAUGAAAACCAAGAUGAUCCCUACUACAGAUACGGUGGUUCCAGCUAUAGCAGCUCUCACGGGCAGCCAUACGGAUACGACUACCGCUCGAAUGGAUACUAUGCAGAUGCUCAACCAAGUCAGAGAUAUAACUACUGGCACGACGGUGAACAGUAUCACGCCCAAAACUAUUACCAUGACCAUCAUGAACAUGGCAAUGGCUACAAUCAUCCUGAAGGUUCUUACAGAAGACAGCGGAACAGACGAAGCGACAGUCCACAGAGAAAUUACCAUUCGCCACCUCCCCCACCAUCUGCGGAGCCAGAUUCAGCGUAUAUGACGCUCUCGCUCGAGCCAUCACAUAUCGUUGACGACCCUCGUGUCUCUCGAAAGCUUCUCGUGCUAGAUUUGAAUGGCACUCUACUCAUCCGAUCGCAACAUUCACGCGCACGAGAUGCGUAUGGUGGCGUUCACACUAGCUCAGCACCGCGUCUUCGCGCAGUGCAGCCUCGUCCUUACAUACCUGCAUUUCGUGCAUAUCUGUUUGCACCCGAGACUCGAGAAUGGCUGGACACCAUGGUCUGGUCUUCCGCACAACCCCACAGUGUGGCGGACAUGGUCGACAAGGUUUUCGGUAAUGCCAAAAGCAAGCUCGUCGCAGUCUGGAACCGUGGGAGUCUGGGACUUAGUAAGGAGGACUAUCACCGAAAAGCCCUGACGACCAAGGAUCUUACGAAGCCCUGGGCAUUGCUUCCAUUAGGUGCCAGCACAGCAGAAAUCGCAGUACCAUUAGAAGCAGGUUAUGCCGCUGAACAAGCUGGGUUGGCUUCCUCGAUUGCACACUCUGCCUUGACCACCCUCCUUCUCGACGACUCCCCUCACAAGGCCCGUCUCCAGCCAUACAAUCACGUCUGUAUACCCGAGUAUACCUCCUCGUUCAGGGCAAAAGACCUUCAACAGUUUCAGCACGAGAAAACGACUCGAGUGCCCAAACUUAAGAAGCGGAAAAGAAAGACAAAUGAAUUUGUGCCGGACCAAAGCCAGUCGGCAGAGAUGGUAUUGCCCUCCUCAGACUUAGAUCCGACCACAAUCAGUUCUACUUCCACUGAUGUCGAGAAGUCUUCUAUUCCCGUUCCGUCUGCAGAAAGAGCAGACAUCUCAUCUCAAUCAUGUGCUGAGCCCUAUGACCCCACCAUUCUUGCAGUCAUUGGUGUCUUGGACGAGAUUAAGAACCAGAGCAGUGUUGCUGGGUGGAUUCGAGCCGGCGGUCUUUGGGAUAUUGUUCCAGUUCCUGAGGCUGAGGCUGAAGGAGAAUCUAUUGUCAUUCCACCAGCCUCAGACGCAAACAUGGUCGAGGAUCUGCAAUCGCCCACAGACCCUCAGGACGUGCAACCCCUCACGAAGAAAGAGCUUCGGGCAGCACAAAAACUUGCGGCAAAACAGCGAAAACGCGCGGAACAAGCAGCAUUGUCUGCCGGACAACCCGUUCUCAUUGCCGACAAGGAAGUUAUUCCGACCGGAAAUGAUGAGUCUACCAUGGCUGAUAUUCUGGUUGAGGAUGUUCCUGCUGCUGCGCCAAGUGUUAGUGUCGAGAGUGUGGGAAUGUGGUUCAAUGAUGAGCAGACAUUGUCUUACUGGGUUCGGAGAGGGCGCCAGGCGCUCGACAGUUUGGGGAUUGAAGCGGAUCAUGGAGUAACCGGGUAGGCGAUGCUAUUUAGCUAUAGUGGAAACUGCACUUGCUGCAUCUCAUCAUCAAAGUUGUUUUGAACCUUCGCGAUUGUGUGAGCUGUAUUUCAUACGGUACUGUACCUCUUACAAACCUUCACGUAUGAUCGAUCUGUCCCAUGCGAACGAACAUCGAGCUCGUAGUACUAGUAUCGUAGUAGGAAGCGAACAUAGGCUAGCUCGGGACUAGCCUGGCUUAUAAUAGAGUACGCUAAAUUUGAAAUAGGAUACUUCAAGUGAUACCAUAUUAUCUCCAC